AUGAGUGUUAAAUCGCCAUUUAAUAUAAUGUCAAGAAAUAAUUUGGAAGCACCUCCUUGUAAGAUGACAGAGCCAUUUAAUUUUGAGAAAAAUGAAAAGCUUCCACCACAUGAGUCUUUAAGAAGUCCUGGAACACUUCCUAACCACCCUAAUUUCAGGCUGAAAAGCUCAGAGAAUGGAAAUAAAAAGAACAAUUUUUUGCUUUGUGAGCAAACCAAACAAUAUUUGGCUAGUCAGGAAGACAAUUCAGUUUCUUCAAACCCGAAUGGCAUCAACGGAGAAGUAGUUGGCUCCAAAGGAGACAGGAAAAAAUUGCCAGCAGGAAACUCGGUGUCACCACUAAGUGCUGAAAGUAAUUCACCACCCAAAGAAGUGAAUACUAAGCCCGGAAAUAAUGUACCUCCUGCAAAAUCAAAAAAACUAAACAAGUUGGUCGAGAAUUCCUUGUCCAUAAAUAAUCCAGGGCUCUUCACCUCCUUAGGACCUCCUCUUCGCUCCACAACUUGCCAUCGCUGUGGCCUGUUUGGAUCAAUGAGGUGCUCUCAGUGCAAGCAGACCUACUAUUGCUCCACAGCAUGUCAGAGAAGAGACUGGUCUGCACACAGCAUCGUGUGCAAGCCUGUUCAGCCAAAUUUCCACAAACUUGAUAAUAAAUCAUCUAUUGAAACAAAGGAUGUGGAGGUAAACAAUAAGAGUGACUGUCCACUUGGAGUUACUAAGGAAAUAGCCAUUUGGGCUGAGAGAAUAAUGUUUUCUGAUUUGAGAAGUCUACAACUCAAGAAAACCAUGGAAAUAAAGGGUACAGUUACCGAAUUCAAACACCCAGGGGACUUCCAUGUGCAGUUAUAUUCUUCAGAAGUUUUAGAAUACAUGAACCAACUCUCUGUCAGCUUAAAAGAAACAUAUGCAAAUAUGCAUGAAAAAGACUAUAUUCCUGUUAAGGGGGAAGUUUGUAUUGCCAAGUACACUGUUGAUCAGACCUGGAACAGAGCAAUCAUACAAAACGUUGAUGUGCAGCAAAAGAAGGCACAUGUCUUAUAUAUUGAUUAUGGAAAUGAAGAAAUAAUUCCAUUAAACAGAAUUUACCACCUCAACAGGAACAUUGAUUUGUUUCCUCCUUGUGCCAUAAAGUGUUUUGUAGCCAAUGUUAUCGCAGCAGAAGGGAAUUGGAGUAAUGAUUGUAUCAAAGCUACUAAACCACUGUUAAUGGAGCAGUACUGCUCCAUAAAGAUUGUCGACAUCUUGGAAGAGGAAGUGGUUACCUUUGCUGUAGAAGUUGAGCUGCCAAAUUCAGGAAAACUUUUAGACCAUGUGCUUAUAGAAAUGGGAUAUGGCUUGAAACCCAAUGGACAAGAUUCUAAGAAGGAAAAUGCAGAUCAAAGUGAUCCUGAAGAUGUUGGAAAAAUGACAACUGAAAACAACAUUGUCGUAGACAAAAGUGACCUAAUCCCGAAAGUGUUAACUUUGAAUGUAGGUGAUGAAUUUUGUGGUGUGGUUGCCCACAUUCAAACACCAGAAGACUUCUUUUGUCAACAACUGCAGAGUGGCCGAAAGCUUGCUGAACUUCAGGCAUCCCUUAGCAAGUACUGUGGUCAGUUGCCUCCACGCUCUGAUUUUUAUCCAGCCAUUGGUGAUAUAUGUUGUGCUCGGUUCUCAGAGGAUGAUCAGUGGUACCGUGCCUCUGUUUUGGCUUACGCUUCUGAAGAAUCUGUACUGGUUGGAUAUGUAGAUUAUGGAAACUUUGAAAUCCUUAGUUUGAUGAGACUUUGUCCCAUAAUCCCAAAGUUGUUGGAAUUGCCAAUGCAAGCUAUAAAGUGUGUACUAGCAGGAGUAAAGCCAUCAUUAGGAAUUUGGACUCCAGAAGCUAUUUGUCUCAUGAAAAAACUUGUACAGAACAGAAUAAUCACAGUGAAAGUGGUGGACAAGUUGGAAAACAGUUCCCUGGUGGAGCUUAUUGAUAAAUCCGAGACGCCUGAUGUCAGUGUUAGCAGAGUUCUCGUAGAUGCAGGCUUUGCCGUGGGAGAACAGAGUAUGGUGACAGAUAAACCCAGUGACGUGAAAGAAACCAGUGUUCCCUUGGGUGUGGAAGGAAAAGUAAAUCCAUUGGAGUGGACAUGGGUUGAACUUGCUGUUGACCAAACAGUAGAUGUUGUGGUCUGUGUGAUAUAUAGUCCUGGAGAAUUUUAUUGCCAUGUGCUUAAAGAGGAUGCUUUAAAGAAACUCAAUGAUUUGAACAAGUCAUUAGCAGAACAUUGCCAGCAGAAGUUACCUAUUGGUUUCAAGGCAGAGAUAGGACAACCUUGUUGUGCUUUUUUUGCAGGUGAUGGUAAUUGGUAUCGUGCUUUAAUCAAGGAAAUCUUACCAAAUGGACAUGUUAAAGUACAUUUUGUGGAUUAUGGAAACAUCGAAGAAGUUACUGCAGAUGAACUCCGAAUGAUACCAUCAACAUUUUUAAACCUUCCCUUUCAGGGAAUACGGUGCCAGUUAGCAGAUAUACAGUCUAGCAACAAACAUUGGUCUGAAGAAGCCACAACAAGAUUCCAUAUGUGUGUUGCUGGGAUAAAAUUGCAAGCCAGGGUGGUUGACGUCACUGAAAAUGGGAUAGGAGUUGAACUCACCGAUCUCUCCACUCGUUAUCCCAAAAUAAUUAGUGAUGUUCUGAUUGAUGAACAUCUGGUUUUAAAAUCUGCUUCACCACCUAAAGAUUUACCAAAUGACAGACUUGUUAAUAAACAUGAGCUUCAAGUUCAUGUACAGGGACUUCAAGCUACCUCUUCAGCUGAGCAAUGGAAGACGAUAGAAUUGCCAGUGAAUAAAACCAUACAAGCAAAUGUAUUAGAAAUCAUAAGCCCAAACUUGUUUUAUGCUCUACCAAAAGGGAUGCCAGAAAAUCAGGAAAAGCUGUGCAUGUUGACAGCUGAAUUAUUAGAAUACUGCAAUGCUCCAAAAAGUCGACCACCCUAUAGACCAAGAAUUGGAGACGCAUGCUGUGCCAAAUACACAAGUGAUGAUUUUUGGUAUCGUGCAGUUGUUCUGGGGACAUCAGACACUGAUGUGGAAGUGCUCUAUGCAGAUUAUGGAAACAUUGAAACCCUGCCUCUUUGCAGAGUGCAACCAAUCACCUCUAGCCAGCUGGCGCUUCCUUUCCAAAUUAUUAGAUGUUCACUUGAAGGAUUAAUGGAAUUGAAUGGAAGCUCUUCUCAAUUAAUAAUAAUGUUAUUAAAAAAUUUCAUGUUGAAUCAGAAUGUAAUGCUUUCUGUGAAAGGAAUUACAAAGAAUGUCCAUACAGUGUCAGUUGAGAAAUGUUCUGAUAAUGGGACUGUCGAUGUAGCUGAUAAGCUGGUGACAUUUGGUCUGGCAAAAAACAUCACACCUCAAAGGCAGAGUGCUUUAAAUACAGAAAAGAGGUAUAGGAUGAAUUGCUGCUGCGCAGAGUUACAGAAACAAGUUGAAAAACAUGAACAUAUUCUUCUCUUCCUCUUAAACAAUUCGACAAAUCAAAAUAAAUUUAUUGAAAUGAAAAAACUGUUAAAAACAACAGCCUCUCUUGGAGGUAAACCCUUAUGA